AUGGAUCUGCCUGUGGAAGAGUGGAAAUCGCACAUACUCAAGAAAUGGUCUUUGCUUCCAACACCCGUCCAGGUCACAAUUUCUACAGCAGAAACAUUGAGUGAUAUCUUUCAUCACUGUGCUUCACUUCUUCAACCUGAAGAUGAGAUACUUUUAAAAAGACUUUCUAGAGAUUAUGUAGUGGAGAAGGACCCCAAUGCUUCACUUUUCUACAAAGAAGAAGGAAACAAGAAAUUUCAAAAGAAGGAUUAUUUGGGAGCAGCAGUGUUGUACUCUAAGGGAAUAUCACAAUCAAGACCUAACACUGAGGACAUCUCACUAUGUUAUGCCAACCGCUCUGCAGCCCUCUUCCACUUGAAGCAGUAUGAAACAUGUCUGGAAGACAUCAGUAGAGCACAGAAGCACGGUUAUCCAGAAAGACUGCAACCCAAGAUGACGUUGCGUAAAGCCGAGUGUCUGGUGACCCUGGGGAGGCUACAGGAAGCAAACCAGACCGUGAGUGAUCUUGAAAGUAUCUGCACUGCCAAAGCGACACUAGCAGCUUCCCACUUGGAGGUUCUGCAGAGAAACCUACAUCGUCUGAAAAUGAAGAUUCAAGAAAAGGAGAAUCUCUCAGAAACCUUCCCAGAAGCCCUAACAAAGACUUUUAAGGAGAUGGACCUUAUGGAAGAGAAUGAACGAAUUCCCAGCACAUCACCUUCUGUCACCUUACGUAUGGACCCGUUCAAAGGCCGGUGUCUGAUUGCCACAGGAGAUAUUCUGCCAGGGGAGCUCCUAGUGAAGGAGGAGGCUUUUGUGAGCGUCCUUAACCCAGGAGAAAAGCCACUGCCAGACCCUGGCCUGGAGAGCAGGCAGAACACCAGAGCCGCCAAUGGGGACCUUCACUGUCACCGAUGUUUGAAGCACACUUUGGCCUUGGUGCCCUGCGAUCAGUGCAGCUAUGCUAAAUACUGCAGCUAUGAAUGUAUGCAGCAGGCCUGGGAGCUCUACCACAGUGUGGAGUGUCCCCACGGAGGGCUGCUUCUCACACUGGGUGUCUUUUGUCACGUUGCCUUGAGAUCAACUCUCUUAGCCAGGUUUGAAGAUGCUGGUGAAGUCAUAACAAAGCUCUGUGGUGAGAUUAGUAACAAGAACAUCUGUUUACCUGAAAGUGAGAAUAAGGUCCAAACACUCAACUGUGAGCUAGGGGAGAAUGAGGAUAAUGGUAAAAUAGCUGAGACCUCAAUUCCUGGAUGUGAUGUUCAUGGAAAAUAUGAAAAUAAUUAUUAUGCUGUCUUCAACCUUCUACCUCAUACAGAAAACCAUAGUCCCGAAUACAAAUUCCUCUGUGCUCUUAGUGUUGCUGCAUUGUGCAGGCAGCUAGACACAGCCCGUUUAUGGGCCCCCGUACCAGCUCUGAGGUCCUCCAAGCCAAACGCAGCAGUGGCUCCUGUGUUGUCUCCAGAGUGGCGUAUCUGGGAAGUGGCAAUGCUCAGACACAUGUUACAGCUACAGUGUAAUGCCCAGGCAAUAACUACCAUCCAGCAGACAGGAUCUAAAGAGAGUACUGUUACCGACCGCAAGCAGGUACGCCUUGCCACAGGCAUCUUCCCUGUUGUCAGCCUCCUCAACCAUUCCUGCAGCCCCAACACCAGCGUGUCCUUUGUGAGCACUGUCGCCACCAUUCGGGCAUCACAGAAGAUCAGAAAAGGUCAAGAGAUUCUCCACUGCUAUGGGCCUCACGAGAGCCGCAUGGGUGUUGCUGAAAGGCAGCAGAAGCUGAGGACUCAGUAUUUUUUUGAAUGCACCUGCCCAGCUUGUGAAAAAGAGGAGCCCCACACAGCUGCAGCACCCAGGUGGGAGGCGUUCUGUUGUCGCUCCUGCGGAGCCCUCAUGCAGGGAGAUGCUGUGCUGAGCUGCAGCAGCGGAUCUUGUACGGAGUCAGUCAGGAGAGCUCACCUGGUCUCUCAGUUACAGGACCUUCAGCAGCAGGUCGAGGUGGCCAAGAAGAUUCUCAGAAACGGUAAACUAGAACAAGCCAUCCAGCAUCUGUGGAGAUGUCAGCGUGAAGCGGAGAGCUUCCUGUCGGCGCACCACACCGUGGUAGGAGAGAUUGAGGACGGGCUGGCCCGGGCCUAUGCCGCAUUAGGCAACUGGCACAAGUCAGCCUCCCACCUUCAGAAGAGCCUCCUGGUGGUGGAAGCGCGCCAUGGGCCGUCCAGCAUUGAAAUGGGCCAGGAGCUCUUCAAGCUGGCCCAGGUCCUCUUCAAUGGGUUUGCAGUACCUGAAGCUCUGAACGCAAUACAAAAGGCAGAGGAGGUUCUGUCUGUUCACUCUGGCCCUUGGAGUGAGGAGAUCCAGGAGCUGCAAAAGAUGAAAUCCUGUUUGUUGGACUUGCCAUCCAUCCCUGUGAGGCCUUGA